AUGAAUGAUACCGCUACCAUAACGCGUCUCGGCAAAGUGUCCGCUACAUCGGCAGCCUCGUUAGUAGACUUAAAUCACAGUCCACGAGCACACGUUGAAGUGUCGUCUAACCUCAGUCCGACAUUCUCGAGACAAAGCAAGGGAACAAAGAUUGCUAUGUGGAACAAAGCGAGCGAUGGUAGCAUAAAUUUGGUGAAGAAUCUUGGAAGGAAAACGCACAUACCAGAUCGGCUGCAUCCUCUCGAUGGCGAAUGCUCCCGGCGUUAUCGCCAUCCUCACACUCAACGCCAAUUAUUAACGUCGUCACCCCGGUGUUAUGAUCAGCUUUCGCUGCCUAGUGUAGCACCUGCAACCUCUGAAGGAUCGGAUGAAGAAAUUUUUUUUCUGGAACGCCUUAAUGCUCAAUUGUCAUCGAGCGAUACAGUAGAAGAGUGGAUUCGGUCAUACCAGCUUGAGCGCGAAAAGUUUGCAUCGUUUGCUGUAUUCACCGAAUUGAAGCUGGACGAGGUACAGGAAACAUAUGUAAAGCAGGCGGGAAGGCCCAGUGCAGUUGAGGCAGCAGCUUGUUGUGCGACGCUACUUAAGAUGCCGGGAAUAGUCGGGUGCUACUCGACGUUGCUCGAAAAAUUGUCUGCAGGGAUACAAAGCGCUAUUUAUAUUCCUGAGCCGUCGCUGACAAAUCUUACUCUACAGGGAUCAAUGGCCUCUCUAGUACAAACAUUUUAUCGGCGGAUCCCAUACUUUGAACGAGUGCGUGAACUUGAGAAGGCGUUGCUUACAAUCCGAAGUAUCACUGAUCCAAAUGUGCUUAAAAAUGUAACCAUCGAGGAUUUGGAUCGAAUAUUCGAGUAUACGCCGUUUGCUGUUGUCCUGGCAGGCCUUGUAAAGAUGUUCACAACUAAUUCAGAUAAGCUCGGUCAGCUUAUCGUUGCCCUGCAGGAUCAAAAAGGUUUACUUUUUCUUAGUGAGAAGGAGAACGUAAAAAUUGAAGACACGCCUUACCCUGUGCAUGUUCCACUUGCCACAAGCGCUCAAAUUUGUCGUGCUAUCACACACAAUGCAGCAACAUUUAGUUCCAGCGGUCGGGAUAUGAUUCUCUGCGCUAUCGUGGACCUAUUGGACGUGACUUCAUUCCGCGAUGUGUAUCAUCUUUUUGAUGUUCACGGGAAAAUGUGCUUCUUACACUAUUUGAGUCUGGUAGAGGAUAUGGAUCAGCUGGAGUUGGUUGUUGAUGCACUGCCGAAUGCUGGUGAUCUCGCUGCAUAUCUAACAGCAGCACAGUGGAGUUUGCUAUCAAAAGAGUUUGACAAGCAUGAAAAUGCGCGAAUUGGCCAGAAGCAGCGACAAACCAAAGUUGACACAAAUAAUAGUGAUAUAGACGGCCUGAACGAUGGGCGCUCAUCGACAGCGUUGUCAGCGAGGGGGUCAUUUGAUAGCUUUAGGAUGAUAAUGAUGAACUUUCUCCGUCACAACAACUUAGCCAGUGCGCAAGUGCUGCAACUGGUGGCAGAUACGUUCUUAUCGAUGCUGGGUAAAAGGGAAUUUAGUCAACUUUUUGAUAAUUGCUGGGCACAAUUACCGCUUGAUAAUCGGUGGUCGAAAGCUUUAGCGGUGGUACGGGAUCUUGGAACUUCUCCCUUAGCUCAGACUGCAGAUGGUGAGCACAUUGCCUCUAUGCGCUUAGAAAUGCUGAAGACAAUUUUUAUGAUGCUGACUCGAGAGGAGAGGGUCUUAUGGAUGGACCAAAUGAAUACCAAGUAUCCAACUGAGAGCUACAAAAUUAAAUGCUUUAAGGCCGUCGAUGCCGCCGCAGUAAUCAAGGCACCAGAUUUGUCCGAUCCUACUGCGCUCAUUGCUCAAAUGGAUACCGAUCUGAAAUUGAGCUGGCUGGAGGCUCUGAUCAAAGAUAUGCAUGGCGAUUUUGAGCGCUUUGAGAAAUUGACUAUGGUGUUUUCGCAAUUUGCAAAUCUGCCACACGUGGAGCCAACGCUUGCGUCGGUAAAUGAUAUGCUGGAUCAGGCAACUCCUGUUGACGAAGCAACAUUGCUGAUCCCCCCAUCCGACGACUCCGCCAUCCCAGUUAUGGUUGUGGUGGAUCGUGUGGACUCACCUGUUAACGAAUCAGAAGUACCAAGCCAUCAAAUGAUAAAUACGGAGAUGAGUAUAGCAAUCAACGAGGCUAUACAAAAACUUCUCGAACACCGGUCUGAAUCACAACUACUUGAGAUCCUUCAGCUCGCACUUUCUAGCGCAAAAGAUAUCAAAGUUAAGGCUGAUGCUGUUGAGCACAUCGUGGAUCGACAGGUUAAGCUACCGCUUGUCCCUGGGUUGUCCGGUAAAGUAAAGCGCAAACUGUCGGCUGUUGCUGCUGUCGCUGAGCCCAUGGAAUGGCACGAGUACGUUAAAGUUGGUCAUUUCGACGUUGGUUGUCAGACGAUAAGCGAACCGGAGGCUCAAGAUACCGCUAGCCCUUUUCGGGACAUUAAAUCGGAUCACAACAGCAACGGCAGAUUGAUUUCACCGACUAAACGUAAGACUCUCACUUUAAAUGCAUUGUUUGGCAAGAAUACGAGUAGAAACAAGAAAGAGAAAUAUCAGAAGAUCAACAGCGUGGCAGUGCCACAAGCAAUUUCGGGGAUGAUCACGUCAUGGCGUAUGAAUGCCGAUCAACUCGUUCAAUUUGCCAAGAAAUCCCUUGCUAAUGUCCUCAAAAUAAUCGGAGAUGCGUACAGUGAGAUGCUGACGGCCACUAAGCGCAAGGCUCAGCAACAACGAUCACUGUAUGCAACUCCACGAGGAAUCGGACGUCCAUUAAAACUCGCGCAAAUUGUUUACCAAUCUUUUCUUCAUAGCUAUGGCCUCCCAUCAAUUGCAGACAUGCACUUGCUUGCAUUUUCGUGUGCGAUCGAAAUUUAUCGGAAACAACAUCUGCGCGUCGAGUAUUUUGCAAGGUUUUGCUUCGAGGAAGUGCCCACGUCAGAGCUGACAAAUUAUUGCGAAUUUCUUGAAUGCAUUGUGUCCGAUGACUUAAGCAGCACCACAAUGAUGGCUAAUAGUUUGCCAUCUACUCCGUCCACUAAUUCUGGCAACACACGCGGAGCGGCUCAGAACACCUUAAAACGAUCUCACUUGGUUCCACGAGUAACAGUUCCGGACAAAGAACACUGGUCAAUAUCUCUUGAUCGCGCCGUGGAAAUUGCUCAACUUUGCUUUCGUGAAAUGCGCAAGACGGCAGUGACUGUAUUUUGUGAACAUCUGAUGAUGAUGGCAGCUCAGGGAUGCUCGACUGCGGUCUUGCCACUUCCCGUCGCAGUUGGGCAAGAUUCUUUAUCACUUAACACCGACCAGCUUAAUGUCGACCAUCUUCUUCAACUGGUGGUGGCUGAAUGGCAGCAAGAACAGGUUCGUCGCGAACGCCAUCUACUCGAUGCAUUUCGUGCAGGAGAUGUGAAUGGCGACGGACAAUUAACGUCAGCUGAGUUUUCACAGAUCGUGUUAUCGAUUGAUGCUUCACGGGACAUGGGUGAUAUCUUGCUGAUGUAUAGUGAUACAUUGCGCCGCACCGAGUGCGAGCAGCUAGAUGCCGAGGUUUUUCUGCAAGUCGCGCGCGAGCAUGAGCUCGAUCGUGUUGUGUGGCAGGGUGAUAGAGACUUAUCUGGAGUUGUGAACAAUGUCACAGACAUGGAGGCUACGUGGGCUCACGUGCGAGGUUUUUUCGUGGGUACACUAGAAGCUCUGGCUCGUGAUUUGCCUUCCGCUCAUUUUCUUCGUAUGUGCGAAGGCGCUGGCUGUGGAUGUCUCAAAUGCCUAUUGGAUGGCUACGUUGGUUUCCAGAAAAUGCGUCGGGAUGCCGGACUGACACAACCACAGCAAAGGCAUCCUGGAUUUUCAGGCCGUCGAAGCACAACCGUUGGUGUGUCAUCUCAGCUCAUUUGGGCACGCUUUUGGCACCUCACGCGUCAACUUUAUGAUGCUGCAGCUGAGAGCGAAGGCAUUGUGACUCCAUGGGAAGGCUGUAAGUAUAUUCGAGUCGAGCCAGUAAUGGCACUUGCUCCAAGAUCCAACAGCAAACGACGAGAUUCGCUGCCGAAUUUCCUUUUUCCGGACACGGCGCGGAUAACAGCCAAGAUGAGCACAUCCAACAAUCCAGAAGUUUUUGACGGUCCAACAAUUUAUGCGCAGUUUGCUUAUUUAUUGGAGAAUGUCUCCACUAAAAGCGCAGAUGACACGUCGCGCUUCUAA